UUCGAUGAGCAUCCCGGCCCUGCAGGUUUAGGAUCGGGACCUGCCCAGGACGGGAGGCGACAGGCGGCGGAGACAUCUCUUCCUACUCGGACAACAUGGCUAGAAUACCAAAGCAUUUUGGACUAAGUUAUAAUGAAGAAAUAAAAAUGAAAAAGGAACUUGACGAGGUCCGCAAGCAGGUUCGGCAGGAUUUUCUGAAAUUCAAACAGGCAUUGGUUGCUCGCACCAGUGUAGGCAUUUCCCAUGGCCUGGUGUAUCCAGGUGAACGGGUUACUUCCCAGACCUCGGAGCCCCCCUGGAGAGAAAAAGGGACAGUUCCAACUGAAGUUUUCGGCAGCCAGAAAGAUCAGAGAAAAGGUAGGAGCAUUUCGUCAGUCAGCGAUUCUGCAAAACAAACUUGUGACCUCAGACCUCAGAUUCAAAAAAGAAAAUCGCCUCCAGAAGAGAGCAAGGUUGAGGUCGAUCGAAGUGGACCAAGUGGUCUUUCAAGAGCCAGAGAUGAUCCCGGUGGAUCCGAAAGAGCAAAGAAGCCAGUUAUAGCUUCUUUAGCCGGCACCACCAAACAAGCCACGUUAUUUAAACCUUCGGUUCGUCCCCAGAAGCUUAAGCAUCACAGAUUUAUUGUUCGCCGAAGGCCACAGACUCCUAAACCCACUGUGUUGCAGAAAAUCGAAGAAUUUCCGGCAGGCAAGUCUCACACUCCCCCUGUCCAGAGAACCCACCCCAGUGAAGAAAAUGCCACCUUGAGCAUGACCACUGAGAGUUCCGCUAUUUCAAUCUCAAGCAGAAGGGAGAGUGAACUCGGACAGUUGACGAAAAAGAAAAAACAGGUGAAACAGGAUCUGAAAGGAGCACAGAGAGUUUCAUUCGCUGAAGAGAGAAUGGGACGCAUUCGGGGCUCCAAGAGGAUUAGCGGGAGGUUGAGUGCAGAGCUGCAGGGAAGAGCCAGACGCCGCACUUUAAAAAUAGCCAAGGAGGAUUUCCAGCAGAGCACUCCAGAGGAGCCUGUUUCGUCUCCCAGUUUGCUUGUUAAACUGGUUCCAAGAUCUAUCGAUGAAAUAAUUGCUUCCCUGCAGUCCACCUCUCCGUCGGCUUCGGAUCGGAUGAUCAAAGAGCUCAUAGAGGGUAUCCUUGGCCAGAACUACGACAUUAAAAUGGAGGAGGCCUAUUCUAUUAGAAACAUCCCAUUUAAAUUGCAAGAAUAUCAAGUUAAACAAGAAACGCCAGCAGAUGUAGAGGAACUUCAACAGAUAGAUAUGCCUAAAGAAGCCAUUGAUCAAACACAAGGUAUCGUAGAGGCUGUCCAAGAAGAUUUUUUAGAAUGCUCUGGAGAAGCAGAGGAGCCCAAACUCCAAGACUUUUCAAAGCCUCAAACUUUAGAUCUGCUAAAACCUGAGGAGAAUAUUCCAGGACCAGAUGGAUCCCAAAUAACCGGAUUGUUGCCUUCAGAGACUCAGUCAUCAGAAUUCCUGCAAGUGAAAGGAGUGGCAUCCGUAAAGUCAAAGCCAGUUGCUGUUCCAAAGAAAUUUCCAAGAAAAAAAUCUAAAAUCGAGACUGUGCCUCCCUUCUACCAGUGGCCUCCAAAGCCAACUCGAGGAAUUCCCCAACCAUCAACUUUUCAAACUCAUCAUAACCUGUGUAUUGCUGCGCCUCGCUGUGUACUGCCUUCUGAUUUACAACUAGCUUCAAGAGUAUACCACACUGUAGACAGAAGAGGCCAUGAUCAGAUUUUGUAUUCAGGCAAGUUAGACCUCGAAGAGGAAAUGGUCUGUUAUUCAAAAGAAAGUGAUCUGAACCUUGAAGAGGAAAAAGUGAGGGUGUUACAUGGAGUCCCAGUUCUAGGAGUUAAGGAUGAUGGGAAAGAUUUUCUUCCUCAGAUGUCAAAAUAUCCAGUUGAAUGGAAAAAUGUAGGAGAACACAAUGUGGAGAAGCACCCAUCGGAACAGCCGGACUUGCAACUUUGCGGUGAAGAAAUUUUCUUGUAUCCAGGAGCAAUUAAACAGUUCUGGACUCCAGCUCCUCCAAAAUUCUCUGCUCCAAUAGCCCUUAUGAAGGAAACGUUAUUUCCAGAAUAUGAGAGUAGCUACAGAGAUAGACUCAUACUCGGGAGGUUUCUCUCAGAAUUUACAAUUGAUGACAUUUUUCUCAUGGGGCAGGAAAAAACCAAAAUUACUGAACGGCCACUGCUGAAACCCAGAAGACACAAAUCCCUCCUAGAUGUGAUGACGGAAUCUCUAAAAUUACCAGGGGAAAAAACUGAGGAAUAUCUUCACAGAGCAAUGUCUGCCCCUGAGCUUGUUACCCCAAAGGACUCAGCAAAGUUAAUGAUAGCUGACGAUUUCGAAAGCAACAUGAAAGUGAUGAAAAUUCAGAAACAGCAGAUAAAUGAGCCUGAACCUGAAGAAAAGCCCGUGGAGAGCCCCCCUGAACAGCCUGCGUUGAGUAAAAGGUUUUUACAGAUUCUUCAAGAAAGGCAAAGCAGCCGUGAACCCAGCUCCGAUAAGCCAGAGAGUGCAGAAGACCUUGCCCUCGUUGAAGCAGCUCGGAAGGCUGGAGUCAACUACAUUAUUUUCCCAAAGAGAAGAAAAAGGAAAUCCAAGAAAAAGAUCAGUACUGAAAAGCUAAAUGCUGCAUAUAGAACUCUAAGCAAACCUUCAAGGAUCCUCAAAAGUUCAGAAUCCAUUAGUGACCAGCUGGGAUACAGGCCACAUGCAAUAUCUCUACACCACCGCCGAACUCAAAGUCUGCCUUCCGCAUUAGAUUUUAAUCAAUUUAUCCAAGUCCAAGGUGGAAUUCCCAAAGAUAAUGAUGUCUUCAGUUGGGUCAGAAGCAUCUGGAGCGAUUGGUUUGAAAGCACCUUCCCAUCCAUCACUUCUUCGGAUGAAGAGAAAGAAACACCAAUGACUUCUGUUGAACGGUUUCAACCCGAAGAAGACAAAGAACCCCUGCAAUUGACUGGUGAAUUACGUGAUUACUCAAAUCCUGAUCUGACUGAAGCAGAUGUUGUAGCUUUGGAAACUGAAGUGAAUAAGCUGACUGAAAAAAUAGAAGGACAAAGGGCUCCUUCUGCAUUUUACUAUUGCAGGCGUGGAGCUAUAAACCGGAAACUGGGCAGAUUAAAGGCAGCCAUGGAUGAUUUGCAAGAGGCUAUUUACUUAGAACCACUGUUACUUAAUGCCUAUUGGCAUCGACAUUUCAUUUACCUUUUCCAAGAAAAUGUUAUCGAAGCUUUGAAUGACCUGAAUUACAUCCUUAAAUGGAAUAAAAACAAUGCAGAGGUAUAUUUGUCCAAGGCUGAAAUUUUCCGAAAUAAAGGCGAUAUUACUUUGGCAAUUCUGAACUACACUCAAGCUCUCAAAUGUAAGCCUACCGAUGACAACAUCUAUUUCAAGAGGGGAGAGAUGUAUGAAAAAGGAAACAAAGUAUUGUCCAUUGAUGAUUAUAGCAAAUGCAUCUUUUAUAACCCAAGAAGAACAGAUGCGCUGAUGAAACGCGGCGUGUAUCAUUUCGAAAAUUCAAAUUGGAAAGCAGCCAUUCAGGAUUUUACAGCGUUGCUUAAAAUAGAACCCAUUAACUCUCAAGCAAGGACAUACCGAGGCAGAGCAUAUAUUAAAUGUGCCCAAAACAGAGAAGCAACUGAAGAUUUUUCUGCUGCAAUUCACUUAGACCCUAAUAAUUGGCUGGCAUUCUAUCAUCGUGGGUGCUUAAUGAGGAAAAGUAACCCACAUAAAGCGCUACAGGAUUUUAGUGUUUCUGUUCUCAUCAAUGAUGGCUAUGAAAACCUUGGAGCUUUCCUACACCGGGGAAUCUUAUAUACCUAUCUAAAGAUGUGGGUAUUGGCCAUCUGUGACUUUCAAAGUGUACUUGCUCUGGACAGAGGUGUUUCUGUGGCUUUUAUCAAUAUUGGCCUCAUAUUCUUUUUACACCUGAGUGAUAACUUUGAAGCAAUCCGGCAGUUUUCUGAAGCUAUUAAAGUUGAUCCUCAGGGUAUUAGAAGCUACAUCUGUAGAGCAGAAGCUUAUAAUAAGAUGCACAAUUAUAAGAAUGCGGUGAGAGAUAUCUCCCAAGCCAUCCAUCUCUGCCCAGAUGGAAUUAAGCUGUACAUCCUAAGAGGAUAUUAUCUUUAUAUGAUGAAGAAUUAUGAACUAGCCAAGUUUACUAUUUACCAAAUAGCACAAAUGAACAAAGGUUCCUUUUCUUGGUCUCCGAUUCAACAGUCUCUUGUGUUUUCGUUCUGUGAAGACCACGCAAAAGCCAUAGAGAUCCUGCGCUCAGUCACUUUGAGUAAGCCGAUACCCACCACUUUUUUUCUGUUGGGAAAAGCCCAAAUGAAGGCCCACAUGUUUCAGCAGGCCAUGGAAACUUUUAAGCACUCCUUGAAGAUAUUAACUUAUUCGGAAAAAAAAAAAAAUUCCGAAUUAAUGGCAGCAGAGAUUCACUUUCACUUAGGCCUUUGCUACAUGGAAGAAGCCUGUUUUGAAAAGGCCUAUGACGCUUUCAGCAAAGCUGUCAGAGUGAAUCCUGAAUAUGCUGAGGCUUUCUACCAACGAGGACUGUGCAGAUUGCAACUCCAGAAGGACAGUUGUGUGCAGGAUUUCAAUCGAGCAAUUACCAUCGAUUCACAACACUUUCAGGCGUAUUUAAGCCGGGCAGCCUUCUAUGGGAUGAAAGGCAGAUAUUCCAAGGCAAUUUUGAACUGUAAUGAAGCGAUCAGAAUUCACCCUGAGAGUAUGAGAGCCUUUCUUUAUAGAGGAGUUUUGAAAUACUACAAUAAGACCUAUAAACUUGCAGUUGAAGACUUAACUAAAACCAUCAAUAUGAACAAAAACUGUUUUCUAGCUUUUUAUAACAGAGCACUGUGCUUUCACAAAAUGAAGGAAUUUCAAAAGGCUUUAAUAGACUUUGGAAUUGUUCUUCUUCUUGAUUCUGGAAAUGAUAUUAUAUUCAAGUCUCUGAUUAAUCGUGGAUUGAUCUAUGCAGAACUAGGGAAGUAUGCGUAUGCAAUGGAGGAUUUUAUUGAGGCAUUACAGACAAAUCCUACCAAUGUGUACCUCCAUCAAGCCAUUGCAAUUUGCCAUCACAGAAUGCAAGAUUUUGAAAAGGCAGUGGACUCAUUCACUUGUGUCCUCCAACUGGAUCCCUUUUAUCUGAAUGCCUAUGUUGGACGAGGCAAUUCUUUCCUGGAAUAUGGCCAUAAGGAUGGCAACAGACAAGCCCAGAAGGAUUUUUUGAGAGCCUUACACCUGAACCCUGUGUGCUUGGAAGCCAGAAUUAGCUUGGGCUACAACUUACAGGGCCAAGGGAAAUUCCAGAAAGCUUGGAAUCACUUUACUAUUGCUAUGGAAAUUAACCCUACAUAUCAUCUGGCAUUUGAAGGAAGAGCUGUGGUUUGUCUUCAAAUGGGUGAUAAUUUUGCUGCACUUCAGGAUAUCAAUGCAGGCCUAAAGCUCACCACUACUGCAGAGUUACUGACAAUUCGUGGUGUCAUUAAUCAGUUUAUGGGUUUCCAACAUAUUUCUAUGAAAGACUAUCAGAAAGCAAUUUCUCUAAACCCGGAGUAUUCUUUGGCUUAUUUUAAUGCAGCGAAUAUUUAUUUUCACAAUAGGCAAUUUUCACAGGCCAGUGACUACUACUCCAAGGCGUUACAGUUUGACCCAGAAAAUGAAUCUGCCGCCUUGAACCGUGCUAUUACAAAUAUGCUGUUAAACAAAACCGAAGAUGCUAAAGAAGACUUUGAGAGGGCUAUUCAACUCUGCCCUUUCUCUGCUGCAGUGUAUUUCAACCGAGCACACCUCUUUUGCACACUGAAACAAUAUGAUCUAGCUGAAGAAGAUCUUAAUACAGCCUUAUCUCUACAACCCAAUGAUGCCCUGGCAUAUAAAUUAAGAUCUGACGUCCGGGGUAAGAUGGGACUGAUCAAAGAAGCCAUCGCUGACUAUAAGCAAGCACUUGACCUUCAAGAAGUGUCUAGACCUCACUGAUAAGAAAGUUAGUUUCAAAGAUAGCUUGUACUGUGCAGACUACUUUAGACAGAUGUCUCUGUGAAAGCUUAUUUUCCGUUUGAAAGAGCAGGUUAUCUUCUUCCUUUCUUUUUAACACAUUUCAUAGGAAAAUGCCUAUUCUGGGUACCUUAAUAUGUAGGAAAGCAUUGCCGUACCUUUGACAAUUUCUUGGUAGCAUGAAGAAUUGAAGGGGUUGUCUGUCUUCAAUUUCCAGUGUGCUUUUCCUCCCCUGAAGUAGCAUGCUUUGUUUUGCAUCAUCCCUAAAUGGAGGUUGAAGCUGUAGAUAAAAGCGGUGAGUGGUCAGCAAGUGCCAAAUAUUAAACAGCUUCCUG